AUGCUGCAGUCGCUGGCCGGCAGUUCCUGCGUGCGGUUGGUGGAGCAGCACCGCUCCGCUUGGUGCUUCGCCCUGCUGGUGCUGGGUUACCUGCUGUACCUGGUGUUCGGCGCCGUGGUCUUCUCCUCGGUGGAGCUGCCCUACGAGGACCUGCUGCGCCAGGAGCUGGGCAAGCUGAAGCAGCGCUUCCUGGAGGAGCACGCCUGCCUCUCGGAGCAGCAGCUGGAGCAGUUCCUGAUGCGGGUGCUGGAGGCCAGCAACUACGGCGUCUCGGUGCUCAGCAACGCCUCGGGCAACUGGAACUGGGACUUCACCUCCUCCCUCUUCUUCGCCAGCACCGUCCUCUCCACCACGGGUUAUGGACACACAGUGCCUUUAUCUGAUGGAGGAAAGGCCUUCUGCAUCAUCUAUUCAGUCAUUGGGAUCCCAUUUACACUGCUUUUCCUGACAGCAGUGGUACAGCGCAUCAUUGUAUAUGUCACCAGGCGGCCUGUACUUUAUUUCCACAUUCGCUGGGGCUUCUCCAAGCAGAUUGUUGCAAUCAUCCAUGCUAUAGUCCUUGGGUUCAUCACUGUCUCGUGCUUCUUCUUAAUCCCAGCAGCAAUAUUUUCUGUUCUGGAAGAUGACUGGAAUUUUUUGGAAUCUUUUUACUUUUGUUUCAUUUCCCUGAGCACCAUUGGCCUUGGAGACUAUGUGCCAGGAGAAGGCUACAAUCAAAAAUUCCGAGAGCUGUAUAAAAUCGGAAUUACAUGUUAUCUAUUGCUGGGCCUUAUCGCAAUGUUGGUGGUUCUCGAGACUUUCUGUGAACUCCAUGAGCUCAAAAAGUUUAGGAAGUUGUUUUAUGUGAAGAAGGACAAGGAAGAGGACCAAGUGCAUAUAAUGGAACAUGACCAGCUCUCCUUCUCUUCCAUCUCAGACCAAGCAGCCUCCAUGAAAGACGAUCAGAAGGCAAACGAGCCUUUUGUGACUUCCCAGUCUCCAACUUCCAAUGACAGCUCUCUAAACAAUUAAUACAGGGGUAGCCAUACCGUUGUUUUGGUGCAUUUAUGCUACUUACCGUAAGAAAUAGAAUGCCUCAGAUUUUUUUUUCCUGAAAAUAUAAAAGCUGGAAGACUGUGCUACUUUAAUAAGGGUUCAUCACUUCUGAUGUAGAAAAGACUUCUGGGAAAAAUGUGGGAGCCACCCUAGGAAUAGGGAAAAAAUGUAGGAUGUGGCUGGGAACAUUAGGCCAUUUUGCUUGAGGGAUAAGGAGUUAGGUGUACCACUUUCAGAGGUGCCAGAGAGAAAGGCUUGCACAAGCAACUUCAUCCAACAUCUUUAGGAGAGUAGGCCUUCACUGACAUCCAGUUCAUUUAGUUGCACGCCCAUCUUGCAACUGGGUGACAUAGCAAAUUUUGGGAUGUGCACUUUUGAUUGUCAGAAGUGUAGUCCCAGAUUUAAUCUAAACACACCAAAUAUCUUAAUCUGGAAAACAUUUCCAGAGCAUUCUCCAUAGAUCUGCUGGAGUGGGGGAGUAUCUAGAUGAUCCCUCUAUUACCCAGUAACUUGCAGGUGCAAAUAAUAAUUCUAGGAAUGAAAAAACAAGUCUCUGGUCCCUCCGUUGCCCAUGCCAUUUACAUUCAAAUUUCCUACUUCCUUAAAAGGUCCCCUAAUCACAAGAAAAAUGUUGUCCUGAAGAGAGUGUGCCUUGAGUCUUCCAUGCUGUUUGUCUUUGUAUGAAAUACUUUUUUGUAAACUCUGAGAGAUAGCAAGACCAGUUCGAAGUGCUGGGUAAAAUGGGGUUGUAGGGAAGGGAGACAGCUGCAUUUCAGUCCUCUGUCCUCUGAAAUGGGCAGGAGUGGGUUUUCUUUCCAUUCCACAUAUCUAAAAAAGAGUCAGCAUAUGCCACGGUUGGCAUAGUCGUGUGCUUAUGGCAUUCUCCUAGUAGAUGGUUGGAAUCUGCAGCAGAAGGAGGACUCAGCGCUGUUUCUUCCACAGUCCAACCCAGUGCGUGCUCUCUGCUGAGCUGAUAGGUAAGUGGAGGAGCAGAAAUAGUGUCACCUUUGAACAUAGCCCCUUUUUCUUCUUUUGCUUUUCUAACUAGUACUCAGAGCACUUUGGAGGAGAAGGGAAUGUUUCAGGGCAAAAUAAUUUUUCAGUUUUUCAUAUGGCAAGAAAAAAGGAAAAAUGUCACAUUUGGUUCGGAUGGAACCGAAAUUUUUUCCCCUUGGGAAAAGUCACUAAAAAGUCAAGAUCUCGCUCAACUUCUGAAGCUGGAACCUCUUUGGCUAUAACAGGAGAGGCAUUUUAGUCCAGCUACCAGUCACUGUGCUGAAUGCAGGGACCUCGGAGUGAAUUUCGGUGAUCAGGAGAUGAGACCUAAGUGGUUGUAGUACUCUCUCUUCUGGCCUUAAGAAUCUACGAUACGGGAACCUUGAUAAUGCUUUGCAAUGAACAAAAGAUCUGGAGCACAAAUAGCCAUAUUAGGACAGCCUCCCACAUAGGAAUAGUGUAGAGGAGAGCCUUUUCCCUGCAGUGCGAGCAUGCCAGAUUGCCUGUAAUUUGGCUUUUAGUGUUUAGAGCUGAAUAAUAUUUUACUGUAAAAGAAAAAAAUGCAGUGUGUCUAGAUUUAGCGCACAUGGGAAAAAUACUUGAAAGUAAAUAACCCAAAAUAUACUGUGUUUGAGCUUAAUUAUAGCUAGCAUCAAACAGAUUUUAUAUCUUUACUGGAAAAACUUACUUUAUGGUUAAAUCAGCUGCAAGUCUUCAAUUAAAAUUUAUAUUUAUAGAAAACCAGAGCUAAAGGUUUUGAUUGUUUUGGGUUUUAUAGAUUAGGUGAGAGCAUACUGUGUUUGCAUGUUCCCAGGAAAGUGGCUAUUUUUAUACUGCUUAAGUUAACACAGUUCUAUUUAUAAUGAAUGUUAACCAAUAUAUAUGUACAUAUAUACAUAAAUAUAUUUAUAUACUGUACAUAUAUCAUAAAUCACCAGAGUUUAACAGACUUAGGAAUGGCAUUUUAGAUAAUUUUUUUUCCCUAGGCUUCUCUUUAUACAGUCAAUAAUUGAAAACUAUGGCAUUAAAAUGACACUGACAUAAAAUUAAGAGUACUGUACUACAAGAAACAUUUAUACUGGUUUUUUCGGUGGAAUUUUAUUGACUGUUUUCAGUACCUUAAAAUUCAAGUUUUCUUUUAAUUUCGGUGUAACAUUAAGCUCUAAAGGAUAUGCACAGAUGCUAAAUGAUAUACAAAAGUAAUUUUGCAGCGUGUACACAAUUGCAAAAUGUAGACACGUGAAAUGAAAGCACAGAAUUCAAAGCAGAAGUGAUAAACUAAGCAGUAUACUGUGAGGUAGGUGAGUAUUUGUUAUUUUAAACUUAAAUAAAAAGUCUGGCUUAUGCCUGCCUGCACUGUGAAGUGGGGAUUAUUUUCUUUAGUGGUGUGUGUGCGUGCACAUACUGUGCAAAAAUCCUGUCUGCAGUUGUCAAGAUUGUGCAUCCUUUAGUUAGCCUUCCUCAACUCAAGGAGGGACCAUUAAUGGCAGAGUGUGUUACCUAACCUUGUUAUUAAUUGUAGCUUAGUAUUGUGUUGAUUAUUCCUAUAGAAAAAGAGUAUUCCAAAGUGUGUUUGUUUUUGUUUCAGAUGCUGACUGAUUAUAGCAAAUAAAAAAUAGUGGC